UCUCUGCCGCUCGCACGCGCCGCUGUUUCGCUCGUGAGGAUCCGAGUGUCUGGAAAAUAAAGGAAAAACAUAUAUAAAAACGUUAUUUUAAUAAUAAUAAAAUAUAUAUAUAAGUUGAAUAAACACUCGGAUCUGGAAUCAUGGCCACGACAUUUGAGCAGAUGAGGGCGAACGUCGGCAAACUUCUGCGGGGCAUCGACAGAUACAACCCUGAGAACCUGUCCACGCUGGAGCGGUAUGUGGACACACAGGCCAGAGAGAACGCCUACGACCUGGAGGCCAACCUGGCCGUGCUCAAACUGUACCAGUUUAACCCGGCGUACUUCCAGACCACCGUCACGGCUCAGAUUCUGCUCAAGGCUCUGACCAACCUUCCUCACACUGACUUCACACUCUGCAAGUGUAUGAUCGACCAGACCCACCAGCAAGAGGAGCGGCCGAUAAGACAGAUCCUGUACCUGGGCAACUUACUGGAGACCUGCCACUUCCAGAGCUUCUGGUCCAGUCUGGAGGAGAACAGAGAUCUCAUUGAUGGCAUCACAGGAUUUGAGGAAUCGGUGCGCAAAUUCAUCUGUCAUGUUGUGGGAAUCACAUAUCAGAACAUCGAGUACAGACUCCUCGCUGAGAUGCUGGGGGAUCCUCAGGACACGCAGGUGAAGGUGUGGAUGAAUAAGUACGGCUGGACAGAGAACGAGGACGGUCAGAUCUUCAUCCACAGUCAGGAGGAGUGUGUGAAGCCCAAGAACAUCGUGGAGAAGAUCGACUUUGAGAGCGUCUCCAGCAUCAUGGCCACAUCGCAGUGACGACACACACACACACACACACACUCUCACACACAUCUUUCCCCAAUAAACUCAUUUACUGAAGAAA